UGUGAAAAUUUAGCCCACUCCCCCAGUGAGAGGCGCUGAUUUGUCUUUCACAUCAUUUUUCUGAAUAAGUUUUGUGAAGUGAGCGAGACACAGCGCGACCGCAAGUUGAGAAAAACUGUCACACAGCCUCCGAGGACUAACUUUUCCUCAUUUUGAGAGAUUGGACGUUCAUUAACGGGACAGGCUUAUAAAUCGAGCCCAUCAUCCUGGACGGGCUGAAAAGUUUCAAGCCAGCGAAAUGAACCGGAGCUUUAAUAACAAAUCGCAAUCUUUGCGUAGCUUGAUCAUGAACGCGGUGGAAGUGAAAAGCAAGUAUGGAGCAGAGUUCCGGAGAUUUUCAGUGGAUCGAUUAAAACCUGGCAAAUUUGAGGAAUUCUACAAACUCAUCAUGACCAUCCACCGGAUUGCAAACAUGGAGGUGAUGAUUGGAUAUGCUGACGUUCACGGAGACCUCCUCCCCAUCAAUAAUGAUGAGAACUUCAGCAAGGCCGUGUCGACUGCACACCCCCUGCUUCGAAUCUUUAUCCAGAGACAAGAAGAGGUUGACUACAGCAACUUUGGCACCAACACUCUGACCCGGAAAAAGAAGGCCGUGGUCACUCUUCGCAACGACCUGAACCGCAAACGGCCCCACAUCCGCAUUGGCUUGCCUCAGGAUUUCCGUCCCGUGUCGUCCAUUAUUGACGUGGACAUCCUUCCUGAAUCUCACCGUAGAGUUCGACUCUACCGGCAUGGCUCGGACAAGCCCCUGGGAUUCUACAUCCGUGAUGGAACCAGUGUUCGUGUUACUCCCCAUGGCUUGGAAAAGGUCCCAGGGAUCUUCAUUUCCCGUAUGGUACCUGGAGGCCUGGCCGAUAGCACAGGCCUGCUGGCCGUCAAUGAUGAGGUCUUGGAGGUUAAUGGCAUCGAGGUGACAGGAAAAACGUUGGACCAGGUGACUGACAUGAUGAUCGCGAACAGCCACAACCUUAUCGUGACCGUGAAGCCGGUGAACCAGCGCAACAAUGUGAUGCGAAGCAGUCGUAUCUCGGGCAGCUCUGGUCAGUCAUCCGACAGCAGUGGUUCGGUGGGAUACCCCGCCAUCACUGCUCUCACCGGUGCCACCGCCAUCUCUCAUGGCUACAGCCCAGAGGAUCUGGAGAGUGACGAGGAGUCGGACAUCGUAAUUGAGAGCAACAUGAAGCGACCAUCACACCGCUCCAAUGUCUCGGUGGCUUCAACUGCAUCCCGGUCCCAGACGCAAAUUACCAACUUGACACCUCCCAGCCCCCCUACACAACUCAAAAUGAGGCCACCAUCCACCGUGUCCACAGCCUCUUUCCACUCUCAACCGAGCUUUAAUGGCACAGUGCACAGUAGUUUGAGUAACAAGUUGCACAAGGACCUUACCCUCCAACACCACCCCUACCACAGCAGCAACCCUGCUAUGCGGGAGAGCAACGGCAGCCUACACAAAAUCCUCAGCAGCAUGAGGACAGACCCCCGUCACAGCCUGGUUUUACCCAGAGGAGGGGUGGAGGAGGAUGGCACAGUCAUCACUUUAUAAUACAUGCCGUCACAUAAAAUCCAGCCCUCCCAGAGACUCUGCCUUUCAGCCUGGGACAUCAGACUUGACUGUGAACCUCAACAGACUUUAAGGGUUCCAGAAAAUGUAUAAUUUAACAGAAACAAUAUCUGCAGUUUUAUUCGUUUAAAAUGUUUGCUUUCCCUGUGUUGUAAUGUCGAAAAUGUUUCCGAUUUGGUAGUAUGCAUCUUUUUUUCGAAGCUUUUUUUUAUCUUUGUCUAUCAGUGUUUCUCAGUUUUUGUUUAGAGGUUCAUUUUAAUCAUGUUACCUAAAUAACUCUUGGGACCAGAAAUUGGGUUUAGACCUGUGCGUUCUGUUGUCUUCUGUUCACGGUUUGUAUUUGAAAACAAACAUUUGCCCCAAAAAGCCAGUUGCAUUAGGCAAAUGGCAAAAUGAAUUUUACAUUUAAUCAGAAACACAACUUUUGUUUGCCUUGCUCAAUCCAUGUUAAUAACUUAAAGGUAUUAUUAUUAAUUAUCAUAACUUUUAGUGAUAAAUAUGUAUCUGCUGUAUGUUUAGUGCAUUUAUGUGCACUAAAUUUACUAUUUGGCAGAUACCCUCAGAAUGUUGGAUUUCCAAAUAUAUGAAUAUCACUUGCGUCAGCAUUAAAAAAAAAAAGGCUUUUUGGAAAUUGUGGAAAAUUUGUUUAAAAUAAGCUGUAAGACAUUAACUAUUAUGUUGACUUUGGUCUUGUAGGCUUACAUUUGACUUUAGGUAUUUCACACUUCUCUUCUUGUGAAGACCUUUUGACUUCGGGAGUCCAACAGAAUGUGACUCUGUUGGUUCUCUCUGUGUUUAGCCGUACACAUUAUUUUCUGUCACCUCACUGUUAAUGAAGCCUUACCUCUGACCUCCACUCAAAUCCCCACAACAGAACAGAAUGCUGUCUCAAAGUAGUCAGUAGUAUUUAAUGGCUUUUGUGUUAAUACAGCCACUGAGCAUACUUAAAGGGAUAGAUCACCCCAAAAUAAUAACAAUAAUGUCAUUUUGUUACAAACCUGUAUGAGUUUCUUUGUUCUGUUGAAAGAUGUUUUGAAGAACCAAACAGUUGACAUUAGCCAGUGACUUCCAUAUUAUUCCAAAGUAUCAUCUUUUGAGUUCGACAGAAGAAACUCCUACUGUUUUGGAAUGUGAGGUUGAAUGAAAGAAUUUUUUUUUUUUUUUUUUUUUUUUGGAAAACUGUCCCUUCAAAUCCAGCCAAACUUCAGGUAUUAAAUGCACAGUCUUAUAUCAUCCUGUUACACAGUGGAAACGCACAGUUCAUACCCGGUAAUUUUGUUUAUAGAAAGAAAGUCUGUGGAAUCAUUUUUGUAUAUAAUUUAAAACCACUGUGGAUGUACAAUCUUUUGCUUUUAGGUCUACUGCAUCGUUUUUAUCUCCUUGAAAAAAGACUUACCUUCAUAUCCACCAUUUUUGUGCCUUACCGCCCCUCCUACAGACAUACUUCACUCAAACAGACUCUGUAUUUGGAUCUGACCACUGGAAAUAUUGUCAUUUUGGUAAAAGCAAGGAAAUGGUAUAACACGUGCGUGUGAGAGUCGAAAUACAUUUGUAGUGAGUCUCCAUCUGCUGGACACUGCUUGAACUGCGUCUCUUUUGCUGAAAAUCACAUUCUUUGUUUUGCCUCAAUACUUUUUCAUUGGUAUCACUGUUGGUGGCUUGGCUCGUCUAUAUGUGUAUCCAUUAACAAUAAAUACAAUUAAAAUUAAUCUAAAACAAGACAAGAAAAAGGGUACACCAGAUUGUCUUAAGUCAGUCGUAUCAGAACAGGAUCAGUGUCAUAUUUAUGUUUUAACGCAAUAAAUUUCUGUCUAAAUGAUCCUCAUAGCACAAUAUAUCAGUCAGGCAGUCAAACCACGUUUAAAAUGGUAACCCUUUUCAGUGGAAAAAAACCAUAUGUGAAAAUUGUCUAUAUUGUUUUUCUUAACCCUUUUUUUAAGUGCAUAAUAAAAUUAAGAUAUGGAUAAAAUGCA